AUGACGCAGCCGUUGACGGGCGGCGAACAGCAGGAGGCGGCCGAGGGCGCGACGCCACGGCGAGAGGCGCAGGACGGCGAUGACCUCCGGGGUCCGGCGCGACGUCUUCCCUCCGAGGUGUCCGCGCGAGAUCCCGAGAGAGUUAUUAAUACAAAAUAUGAAUCUGUCAUACCUAAUUCCGUGCAGGUUUCAAGAGCUCGUUCUUUGCAGCACCUGAACAUUGGUGGGACUUUUAUCACCGACGAAUCACUUUAUGCUGUUGCAAACAGUUGUGCAAAUUUGAAGAGCAUCAUACUGUGGAGCUGCCGCCACGUGACGGAGGCCGGGCUGGUGGCGCUGGUGAACAAGUGCCCGGAGCUGGAGUGCAUCAACGUCGGCGGCAUGCGGGUGUCACCGGAGAGCUUCGCCGGCCUGCUCUCCAUCAGCCCUGCGCUCCGCAUCAGGUCCAUUCCGCAGAUCCUCAACACCAACGUCGUGCAGGUCGCAUGAGCGAAGUUCGCUGCCCAGACCGUACAUAUUGUCCCAUGGGAUUCGUGGCGCUGUUGAUUCCUCUCGUGUUGAUGUGUUGUGCAUAUGUUGGCUUCUACAUGUUGCAAUGAAUAAUAAAUUGUAUAAAAUGGACAUUACAGAUACUCUGCAAAUUUAUCCUGCCUGUCCAGGAAGCAGCUGGAUGCCAUAAAGUUUACAGUGCCAUUCAUUUAAUCAAUUUGUGAUCAGAUCGGUUUGACAAUA